AAUGCGCCGAAGACAGCCCAUCUCAGCCCUCGAUGGCUCUCGGACGUGAAGCAGCGCAUUGGGAGAUGCAUCACUUUUGGCCUGGAUCCCCAACAGACGGACAAAGCCGGUCGUAUCCUCAAGCAGCUUGCUCUAGACUGGAGAGAGCUUGUGGCAGGCAGUGAAGGCUUCUUGACCGACCCGCAGCGGCGCGGCCUGUUCCGGCAAGAGGUUGUUUGGGGCGAGAUGGACAGUAUGGGACAUGUGAAUAAUGUUAUGUAUGUCAGGUAUGCGGAGUCUGGACGCGUCCAAUGGGGGCGGAAACUAGGAAUGCACAUCGAUCCAGCAAACAAGAAGGCUUGGAGUGAGCUGAUGACUCCUUCCGGUACUGGACUAAUCCUAAAAGCCAUUACAACGGAGUAUAAGUUUCCUAUGAAGUAUCCCGACCGAGUUUCCGUAUAUCACAAGCUGCGGAGCAUGCCGGAUGACGGACAAGAAUCCUUCAUACUAGAUGUGCUUAUCAUGUCUGAUCUACAACAGAGACCGGCCGCAAGAUGUAUAGAAGAUAUAGUUAUCUACGAUUAUCGAAUCGGGAAGAAGACGCCUCUGCCUCCUUGGAUGCUCGCCGUGUUCCGCGAUACGUUCCGGCUGCAGGAAGAGGCGAAGGCGACCAACAGUCAGCGUGUCGGAACGUUGCUCGAGGAGGUCCGACGACUGGAGACGGAGACCUGGGACACAGAUAAUGCG